AUGGCUCCCGAUACUAGCUCGCCGACCACCGUCGAACGCUCCUCUCGCGAUUCAGCAACACUAGAGAGUGAUUCGAGCGCCUCUGUACGGGCGGCUGCCGGCUCUCCUACAUCACCAUCGACUAGACUCCAGGACAUCCGUGAGGACGACGCUCAGUCUAGUCCCAGCUCUGAGUCGGAGGACGAGCGAUCUAGCAGUAGCGAAUCGGCGCAAAGAGGCACCGACUCUCCAGCGCCCCCCAACAUCUGCGAACGUUGUCAUCAGAACCUAGACACGCCAAUCCCAAUCCCCGUCCUUCGCCAUCCCCGUUUCAAGACUGCACGGCGUGGUCGGUUCCCGCCGUACACCAGCCGAACGAGCAACUUCGGGCGACGCAGGUUUCAAGGGUUUAGCACCGACGAUGCUUCCGAUAGCGGCACGGAUGAUGAUUCCUACAGCGGCACCGACACUCUCAGCGAGGGACACAAUGGUCGAGAUAGCGAUGGACAUAGCGCAGGCCAUGAUUCCGAGGUUGGCGCUGACGCUCUUGGCCAGCUCGAAGGCGGGGGCGGCUACAACGCCACUGGUGCAGGCACCGGUUCCGGGGGUAACGAGAGCGACAUGGGUGCCACCAACGCCGGCAUUGGCGUUGCUGGUCGUGUCAGGGAUCCGCGCUCACCUCCGCCUUCCUAUGAGGAGGCCGUGUCCAGUGCUGGCACCUUAUUGCCUCUUCGCCCCUUGUCGUAUGCUGAGGCCGUGUCCACUGCUGGCGCCUUAUCAAGUCUUCGCUCUAUGUCGUACGCUGAUGCCCUAUCGUCUAUAUUGUCUGGUCGCCGCCUCGUUCACCCAGUAGAAUGCCGGCCUCUUGCUGCCAUGCCCCCUGCCUGGCAGGGUGGUACUGAGGCAUCGUCCUCGACACCCAGGUUGACGGGGGUCUCCAGCCGUGUCCGACGUCGGCAUGCGCCUUCAGAUGAUGAAGUGGGGGCUGCCCGUAACGAUGCAGAGGCUGGCCCGGCGACCAAGAGGAUGCGCCGCGAUGAUAGGAAUUAA